UGACGUGUCCACCGCAGUUUGAGGUUUCGUUCAGGACAAGUUGCUACAGUUUCAACAUGACACUGAAAGGCAACUUCUACCAGGCUGAAGCCCACUGCGAGUCAAUGGGAGCGAGGCUUGUUGCCGUUGACGAUGAAGAGGAGCACACUUUUAUUAGACAAUAUAUUAUGGCCGACGAAGCUUGCAGCGCCACCUCCUGGUUUACCGCAGCAACAAAAGCCUCUGAAGGUACCUGGUUAUUGUCCGGAUGGGGCGACAUUCCAGCACCAUUUACUGCAUGGGCCCCAGGUGAACCAAAUAACAUUGGGGGCAAUCAAGACUGUGUACGAUACUAUAAAGCCACCAAGCUUUUUGAUGACAUUCAAUGCAGUGAUAGUUUUAACUUUAUAUGUGAAACAGAGGCGACCUAG